AUGACGUCUGAGGAAGCAGACAAGCGGCUGCUGCUGCCGCCGCGGCCUCCUCCCGCGACCCCUGGUGCCUCCGCCAUGCCUGGUCCUCCUCCGUCAAAGAGACAGAGAAGAGAGGAGGACAUUCGGCGCGAUGAGCGCCACCGGAUCUCCCGCAUUAUUGCGGAGAAUGGCAUUGAAUUGCCCGAGGAGGUCCAGGCAGGGCUGGGGGUCCCCCAGCUGCGGUCCGACCUCUCACGGGCCCAGCUGGCCCGGGUUGAUGAACUCCAUGAGGAGUUCAUCGCCCGGAAGGGGGAGCGGGAGGAGAAAAGAAAGCAGCGAAUGGCUGCCAAAGAGGCCUUGAAUGCCGCCCAACAGGCCUACAAUGAGGCCAAUGCCGCGUGGGAGGCGGCCGACGCGGCUGGAAUUGCUGGAGUCGAUCCAGAGAGGGCUGGGGGACACGCGCAGAAGCUCCAUCUCGAAGAGCUAGAUGAUGAGUGGGCCGCAGCAAAGCUGGCACGGGAGGAGGUGCACAAGAUGCGCAAGGCUGCCAGGGAGGCCGUUGAAAAGGCACAGAAAGAGCUAGAGGAGCUCAACAAGGCUUGGGAGGCGGCCAACAAUGCCGUCAAGAAGGUAUCUGCGGAGAAAAGGCUCUUCUACGAAGAGCAUGAUGACCAACGCGGGAAGGGAGACAAUGGAGGCGGCACAGAAAGCUUUGCGGAUGAUGCUGUGAAGCUACGGCCGAACCUCACAAGGGUCCAGAGGCUCCGGGAAGAAGCGAAGAUGCGCCAGAAGGAGGCCAAAGGAAGAGGAGCCCGCUGCGGCCGCCGCCCCCGAGCCCAAGGUAAUAGAGGCCGCCUUGAUAAAAUCAAGGCGGAAUGGAGAAAGGAGCAUUUAGAAGAGGACCUUGAAGAAUCGAAAGGGAUCAAGGAUCAACACCUUGAAAGAAAACGACAACUAGAGCGCACGAUUGCCGGGCUCAACGAGGAAUUGCAGACGCCAGACGCCGCGUUUCGAGAUGCGAAGACUAGCAUUUCCGAAGUCGUUCGCAAGCUCAGUAAGGAGGUGAAAAAUCAGCGCCUUCAGCAAAAAAGGGAGCUUCAGGACGAGAUUAGCCAGCUAGAGGAGGAGAUCAGCGGCCUCCAAGCGGAGGCGGAGGCAGAGGCGUCUUUCAGACAGAUGGAGGCCGACAUACGUGACGUGGUGAGGAAGCUGAUUAAGGUCCACAGGCAGGAAUGGGUGACAGGAUUGAUAUUGCAGAUGGACAUGUACGGACUGGCAUCUACACUUCACUCGGACAUCGCUGAAGAGAACCUUGAAAUGUGGAAAGCUGCCCUCUCAGCAGGAACAUCCAGAACGGACGAGUGGACUCAGACUCCUAUGCCGAAGAAACAGUCCGUGAGCUAA